AGCAUCUGAGCCUGACUCUCUUAUCCUGUCUGAGUGUGUGUAGUGCACAUGGAGGAGACCUUCAAUGGAGGACUGCCGGCUGUCUUGACGGGCCGUCUGAAGUCACCAUGGACCUCCAGAGAGUUCUGGAUUCACAAUUCAACUUUGAUUCCUCUUUAGUUUGACUGUUCCCUGCGGUUGUUUUUCUACAUUUUUUUCUCAACAUGGGAUCUGAGCAUGUUUUUCUUGGAUUUGACCGGUGGAUUCGUUCUAGCUGGUGUGUGUGUUUUCACACGGGACACACUUUGUGAGCGUUGAUAAAUGAAGAGUUAAAAGGACUUCUGUUGCCGGCCCCACCACCAACCUAGUUGCAACCCAGCACAGAGUGUGGGCGCGCCGUGACUCCACCUGGAUUACUGGGAGAGGUUCAUGUUGGCGGGACAGACGCACGGCCGACGGCAGAGGCACAGAGAGGGGACACAGCGGCAGGCUGAGGGCUCCAGCAGGAGGAAGAGGAAGAAGAAGGCUCCGCCCGCUGCAACAUGUACCUUUACAAGGCCACGUGCGACAUCCCCAAGCCCAAAACCAAGGCCCCCGAACGGGCCCCCGAACGGGCCCCGGGCGGCGCCCAGACCCAAGGCGGGGCCCAGGCCCGAGGCGGCCAGGGGCGGCCCCGCAGGCGGGCCCCGGCGGGGGGGGGGCCGGUGAUGCUGUGGACCAGGGUGAGGGCCAACGGGCUGGUGGAGCUGAAGCAGAUGGAGGAGUUCCUCCACUGCCACGCCCUGUCCCUGCAGGAGACGGUCCGGGGCCAGACGGGCAUGGCCUACAGGAACCUCGGCAAGUCGGGACUCAGAGUGUCUUGCUUAGGACUGGGCACAUGGGUGACAUUUGGCGGACAGAUAACAGAUGAGGUGGCGGAGCAGCUGAUGACCAUCGCCUACGAGGGCGGAGUCAACCUGUUUGACACUGCCGAGGUCUACGCCGGGGGCAAGGCAGAAAUCAUCCUUGGAAACAUAAUCAAGAAGAAAUGCUGGAGGCGAUCCAGUUUAGUGAUUACAACGAAGCUCUUCUGGGGGGGAAAAGCAGAGACAGAGAGAGGACUGUCCAGGAAGCACAUAAUUGAAGGACUGAAAGGCUCUCUACAGAGACUGCAGCUGGAGUAUGUGGAUGUUGUAUUUGCCAACAGGCCAGACAGCAACACACCCAUGGAGGAGAUUGUGCGAGCCAUGACCUAUGUGAUCAACCAGGGCAUGGCCAUGUACUGGGGCACCUCCCGGUGGACUGCUAUGGAGAUCAUGGAGGCCUACUCGGUGGCCCGACAGUUCAACCUCAUCCCCCCGGUGUGUGAGCAGGCAGAGUACCAUCUGUUCCAGAGGGAGAAGGUGGAGGUGCAGCUCCCCGAGCUCUACCACAAGAUAGGAGUGGGGGCCAUGACGUGGUCUCCGCUGGCUUGUGGCAUCAUCUCUGGGAAGUACGAGAACGGCAUUCCGGAAACUUCUCGGGCCUCAAUGAAGUCCUACCAGUGGCUGAAGGAGAAGAUAGUGAGUGAAGACGGGAGGAAGCAGCAGGCCAAGCUGAAGGAGCUUGGUCAUAUCGCUGAGAAGCUGGGCUGCACUCUGCCUCAACUGGCAGUGGCAUGGUGCCUAAGAAACGAAGGCGUGAGCUCAGUUCUUCUGGGAACCUCCAACCCUCAGCAGCUCACAGAGAACCUGGGAGCUAUACAGUUCCUGCCGAAGAUGACCUCCCAUGUAGCGUCCGACAUUGACCACAUCCUGGGCAACAGGCCGUACGGUAGGAAGGACUUCCGCUCCUAGACCCAGGCGUAGCUCCUGUCCUUGGGUCGGCUGUGUCCACAUCCAUCCCCACCUGUCUGUCUACUCACCCUGGAGACAGCCCUUCACCAGUGCCUCUUUCGGGGCCCCCCCAGAGCGCCAGGCUAGCUUCAUAGACCAGCUCCAGACAGCUCAGCUUAGCCCUCUAACCCCAAACCCUUCUGAGAACUAGCCCUGCUGGGCACAGCUCAGAGGUUAAGCCCCACUCCAGCUGUGAUACGAAGGAUCCUAGCUUAUGGUUCUGUCCGCCUGUUCACUGUGUUAUAUUCUACUACUAGUCCAGUGCAGCAAUAGGGCACAGUGAUAUUCAGCUUCCUGCCCUGUCAGCAUCCCAACCCAUGUUCCUAUACUCGUGCACCCGCUACGUUAAGCUUAGAUACAGCUCCAUGAUCCAGACAGCUUUCCAAACUGUGUCUUUCUGGUUAACCUGUACAUUUUGAACUUCUUCAAAAUGUAAUUCAGAAGCUUUAGAAAAAGACACAAUACAUGCCUUUGAAAGUAUGCUUAACUUAAACAAGCUUCAGGUGCGUGCAAUAUAGAUGACAAUGUAUGCUCUCCAUUAUUUAUUAAUUGAUUUAAUACACUAUAAGAGGCUUAUAAUCAAUAUAUGGGAAAUAUCUCUUGCUCCAAACAAAGGUUUCAUCCUACACAGAAAUGAUAAUGGAAAGAUGCAAUAUGAUAUUAUGCCAUAUGAUAACCAAUUUUUCAUAUAUAUGCACAUGUAUAUCAAUAGAUAUAUCUAUAUAUAUAGAUAUAGAUAAACAUAUAUAAUAUAUAUUGAACUAACCAGAGAUCAUUGGUUGGAAUUAUUUCAUGAGAUAAAAAUGCUAAAAUAUGAUGCAUGUGACGACCCAUGAGCUGUUCUACAUCAAACCCCAUAGAGAACCGAAUAUUUGUGAGAGCACCUGCAACACGCCUCUAAUGCAGUGCUUUGAAAAGCAAGCCCCUGUUCUGGUCAGCAAUCUCCCAUUUAUACCACAGGAUUGUGGGAAAAUUGGUUUAGGAGGACAGGAGAGAGUGAAGCAUGUUUCCUCCUUUAGUACACUCGAAGACGUCUAGACCCCUGCUUAGAUCCUAGAAGGAAGAGAAUUAUGUUGAAAUGGAUGCUUCCUUCUCUCUGUUUGCAUCUAUUAAUGACAACUUUAUUUUGCCUGUAAACAGAGCUUGUAUUGUUGACUUGGGCAUGAAACGUUGGGGAAUAUAUUAAAUCUCCACAGUAAUCAACAUAGUCCGUUAUGGACAUACUUGCUCUAAAUGGGUACCAUGCCUUCUACAAUUCCUACUGUUUUACAGUGAGUAAAAGAGGACGUAUUUUGGAAAUUAUAAAAAAAUAUAUAGAGUAUUAUUUUAUGGUAUUGAAUGAUUCUUGGUUAUUAUUUUGACUUCUUUGGUCAACAAUGAUGACAUGGUGUACAUGUAAAUAGAACGUUAACGAGACCCAUGUAAGAUAAGACGAUACCAAGCCUAUUUUCUUGCGUAACGUAUGGCUAAGUUAUGAUAAACAAAUGUAAAUAGUGUUCAUCUGUUAAACCUCUUGCAGUGUCGUGCACUAGUGCUGGCUUCCAAUAUCGACUCUGUCCUCUUGCUUUAACUGAUUAUUUAUUACUAUUCAUUUUUUUCCCAUAUCUCUUGUGAUAUGUUCUACAAGUAAUACAUGUGAUAAAUAAAGGGUCAGCCAUUGUUUUGGCUUACUUAUAGGUACCAAGAAAUCAAUGGAUUAUUAAUAUGUCUGUUGACGUGACAUGUAUUUAUGUAUUUGGCGCAAUCAUCAAUGCUCAGGCUUCUUGUUAAAGAUGGUCAUUUGGAAAAAGCCAUCAAAUGAUUUAGAGUAUAUAUUAGUAUGCUCUAAAUCAGUAUAGAUUUUAGAGGGGGCAUAUCUGCUGACAUAGAGGAACCCAGUGUAAUAUAAAUACAGAGUUACUAUUUUAAUUAUAAGUUUGUUAUGUUAUACAAUACAUCACACACAGGUUUGGUUAGAAUCAGAAAUAAGGGCAAUCAUUGUAUGUGAAAGGCCUUUUUGAACGGUUUGUGUGAAAGUUGUGAGUCAGUGAUGACAUAACAAUAGUGAAGGAACUAUAGUGAUCACUGUAGGAACCAUAGUGACUACUGAAGGAACCAUAGUGAUCCCAUAAGGAACACAAGUGAUUGCAUAAGGCAAAAUAGUGAUCCCAUAUAGAACCAGUGAUCACAUAAGAAACAAUAGUGAUCACAUAAAGAACCAUAGUGAUCACGUAUAGGAACCGUAGGGAUUGCAAAGGGAACCAUAGGAACCAUAGCGAUCCAAUAAGGAACAAAACUGGCCGCAUAAGGAACCAAUAAAGGCAGUGGGUGCAGAGAAUCAAACUAGAGUGCCUUUAGUCCUGAUUACAAAACACGGAUGUUUUGAUGACAUGGUGGUUGUUUCCUUAUUGUUCCUGUCCCACACAAGAGGCAAAAUAUAUAAAUUAUUGAUGAUAGUUGUAUCAUUUGGGAUAUUAAUAGAUAGGUUUGAAUAGAACUUAAGAGGAAAAGGCGAUCCAAGAUGAUUCAAGAAGCGUCUGUAUGCGAGCCUACACUCUGAAGGACAACUUACUGAAAUACAUUGAUAUCCAAAGCAGGGAGACACAAAUCUGGUAAUGUAUUAUCUAAAAUAUAAGGUCUUGAUAUUGAGGGUUUGGAAAAAUCAUUGUAAUGUUUUAGAAUGACGAGAGUACAGACUAUAUUCAAGUUAGUCAAAAUGUGCUGCUUUUACCCAGAUAAUAACAAAAUUGAGCCAGCCUUUCACCUAAGCCUUUCCUAUUCUUAAUGUAUUCUGUAUUGUUUCAUAGAAAAGCCUUGUUGGUCCAUGUAUUUGUGUAAAGAUCCAAACUGUUCUGAACAUUCACUCCUCUGUAAAUAUAUAACAAAGUGUGAAUAAAUGCAUAACACUAACAGCUAAACCGGUUUCCUUUUGUACCAUUUGUUAGUAUACACUUUACACAUUUAUUUUUCUAAUCUACAGUUACAAUGCAAUAAUGGAACUGUAUAAAAAAAAAUACUUCUCUGCUUUGAUGUCUCCAAACUCUCAGGCACUACCCAGUACCAAAAUAAACACAGAAAACUUGACCAAUCAAACCAU